AUGGCUGCGAAACGCAAGGCAUCGGCCAUGGCGGCCACCGUUGCCGACGAGCCAGUAGAUCCUUCCGACGAGCUGAUGUUUCUGUGCCUCGGAGGAGGAAACGAAGUCGGUCGGUCAUGCCACAUCAUUCAAUACAAGGGGAAGACGGUUAUGCUUGAUGCAGGUCAGCAUCCUGCCUACGAUGGCCUCGCGGCGCUGCCCUUCUUCGACGACUUUGACCUCAGUACGGUCGACGUCCUCCUGAUCAGCCAUUUCCACGUCGACCAUGCGGCGUCCUUACCAUAUGUCCUCUCCAAGACGAACUUCAGGGGCCGCGUCUUCAUGACCCAUCCCACCAAGGCAAUCUACAAAUGGCUCAUCCAAGACAGUGUUCGCGUCGGCAACACGUCCUCAAACCCGACCUCACAACCAGUCUACACCGAGGCAGACCAUCUCAACACAUUCCCGCAGAUCGAAGCCAUCGACUACCACACUACCCACACAAUUUCCUCCAUCCGCAUCACCCCCUAUCCAGCCGGCCAUGUCCUCGGUGCAGCAAUGUUCCUCAUCGAGAUCGCCGGCCUCAAGAUCUUCUUCACGGGAGACUACUCCCGCGAGCAGGAUCGUCAUCUGGUCUCCGCCGAGGUUCCCAAGGGCGUCAAGAUUGACGUCCUCAUCACCGAAUCGACAUACGGUAUCGCCUCCCACGUACCCCGUCUCGAGCGCGAACAGGCCCUGAUGAAGUCAAUCACCGGCAUCCUCAACCGUGGCGGCCGCGUCCUGAUGCCCGUAUUCGCCCUCGGUCGCGCCCAGGAACUCCUUCUCAUCCUCGACGAGUACUGGGGAAAGCAUGGCGAGUAUCAAAAGUUCCCGAUCUACUACGCCUCAAACCUCGCCAGGAAGUGUAUGGUGGUCUACCAAACCUACGUCGGCGCAAUGAACGACAACAUCAAGCGCCUCUUCCGCGAGCGUAUGGCCGAGGCCGAAGCUUCCGGUGACGGGUCGGGCAAGGGCGGCCCCUGGGACUUCAAGUACAUCCGCUCCCUCAAGAACCUCGAUCGCUUUGACGACGUCGGCGGCUGCGUUAUGCUCGCAUCCCCGGGUAUGCUGCAGAACGGCGUCAGUCGCGAGCUGCUCGAGCGGUGGGCGCCCAACGAGAAGAACGGCGUCAUCAUCACCGGUUACAGUGUCGAGGGCACCAUGGCCAAGCAGAUCAUGCAGGAGCCCGACCAAAUCCAGGCCGUCAUGAGCCGAACCACCGCCGGCGCGCGACGCGGCCCCGGAGGAGAGAGCGAGAAGGUCUUCCUCCCUCGCCGGUGCAGCGUCGCCGAGUACUCCUUCGCCGCCCACGUCGACGGCACUGAGAACCGCGAGUUUAUCGAAGAAGUGGCCGCCCCCGUCGUCAUCCUCGUCCACGGCGAGCAGCACAACAUGAUGCGUCUCAAGUCCAAGCUUCUCUCCCUGAACGCGGGCAAGACGACAAAGGUCAAGGUUUUCAGCCCCAAGAACUGCGAGGAGCUCCGCAUCCCCUUCAAGCAGGACAAGACGGCCAAGGUCGUCGGCAAGCUCGCAACCAUCCCCCCACCCACCUCCCUCACACCCGCGCAGGAACAGCAGCAGCUCGUCACGGGCGUCCUCGUGCAAAACGACUUCAAGCUGUCCUUGAUGGCCCCAGAGGACCUGCGCGAGUAUGCAGGCCUGAACACGACGACCAUCACCUGCAAGCAGCGCCUCCGUCUGACGGCCGCUGGCAUUGACCUCGUCCGCUGGGGCUUGGAAGGCGUGUUCGGAAGUGUGGAGGAGCUGCCCGAGAUGCGCAAGGGACACCCCGCGCACAAGGAAUCCGUCAACGGCAACGGAGACGACACCAAGAUGGAAGACGGCGAGCAGCAGGAGGAAGCAGACGAGGAGGUCGCGCGUCUGGUAGCAGCAUACCUCGUAAUGGGUUGCGUAGCGGUGCGCUAUCGCAGUGACGGCGAGGUCGAGCUGGAGUGGGAGGGCAACAUGCUCAACGACGGCAUCGCCGAUGCCGUAAUGUCGUGCCUCUUUUCCAUCGAAAGCAGUCCCGCCGCGGUAAAACGGUCUGCAAGCUCUCACACCCACGACCACGCGCCCCCUCCCCUCCCCAAGAACCCCCACGCAAACGUCCUCCCCGAACAACGCCUCGAGCGCUUCCUCAUGUUCCUCGAGGCCCAGUUCGGCGCGGACAACGUCAACCCCGUCGCCGAACCCCGCCUGCCCGCCGAGGACCCCUCCUCCGACGCGCAACCCAAGAAACUCACGGCCGACGGCGAGAGCGACGGCUCCAUGGACGUGUCCGAGGACGACGGCAGCGAGGCGGAGCAGGAGAAGAAGCUCGCGGCGCGGCGCAAGGCCGAGAUUGAGCGCCUUCACAAGAUCGGCAUUCCCGUGCCCGGCGUGAAGGUCAAGGUGGACAAGAUGGAGGCCGUGGUGUGGCUCGAGGAUCUGGAGGUCGAGUGCAGUCACAAGGCGUUUGCCGAUCGCGUGAGACGGGUUUGCGAGCACGCGGCUGAGGUGACGGCUCCUCUUUGGGGAUAA